CCGACGCCGAGUCGCCGGGGGCGCGCGCGCUGGCGCUGGGCGCGCGCCAGCCCCUGCGGCUGUUCCUCUGGGCGGUGCUCUUCGGCAGCUCGCUGGGCGCCGCGGCCAAGCGGCGGCUGAUGCUCGACGCGCUGCGCCACGCAUCGGCCAGCGUCCCGGGGUUCGCGCCGGGCGUGGCCGAGCUGGAGCCGGCGCUCGUGUGCGCGCUGCCGCCGGGCGUGUGGGCGCAGGCGCGGCGCGGCAACUUCGCGGACGACGCGGCCUUCGACGUGCCGGACGCGCUGCUGGCGUCGCCAGAGCGCCACGCGGCCGGCCCCGACGCGGACGCGAUCCGCGACUGGGCGCUGCGCGCGUCCCUGGCGCCGCUGGCCGAUGCGCGGCUCGUGGUGCUGGCCGCGUGGCUGGCGGCGCUGCGCGGCGACGGCGACCAGGCGCUGGCGCUUGCGCAGCGCGCGGCCGUUGCGCCCAUCAGCCUUGUGCCCGGGGCGCUGGCGCUGGCCAAGGCGCAGACGCCCGAGACGCGCACCUCGCUGCUCACAGCACUGUCCACCUUCAAGCGUGGCGCCGAUGCGGCCGUCGCCCACACGGCGCUGCGCGCCCACAUGGGGCCUGCCGAGGCCUGCGCGCUGCUGCGCUGCUGCGCGACGUCGCGCAACGCCGCCGUGGCGCGCGACAUCCACCGGAUGGUGCCAGGCAGCAGGAAGGCCGAUGAGCUGUACCUGCGCGCCUGCGUGAGGGCCGGCCAGGUUGCGCUGGCACUGCCGGUGUUCCGGCGCCUGGCGUAUGGCGCGCCAACGUCGUGGCCGGCCGAGCCAACGGUGGCUGUGGUGCUGGCGCACUUGGCCGACGCGCGCGUGUCGGUGGCUGGCGCCGAGCACGUGUUUGGCGUCUGGGUCGAGGCCGCGGACUUCCACGGCCGCGCUAGCCCGGCGCUGCUCGCGCAGGUGGCUGCCGCCGGGUGGACGCGCGAGGCCGGCCACGUGGCGAACGCCUUUGCGCCGGAGCCGCGCGGCACAACGGUGUCGCAGGCGCUCGAGGCCGCCGGCGCCGUGCGCGCGCCGUCCGGGGCCAACGCCAGCGUGCAGUUUCUGCGUGUCUGGGAGCUGCACAUGGUUGUACUUCUGGUGUGCGCGUAUGUGCAGGCCGGGCUGGGCGACCGCGCGGCACGGUGGGAAACGUGGCUGCUGGCGUGUGUGGCGGAUGGGCGUGUGCCGCUGAGUCCCGAGAUUGUCGCUCGGCUGGGCUCGGCUCAGCGACGGCAUUUGGCGCGCAGGUCGGAGGAUGGGCUGCGCGCCUGCCUGCGCUACUUGGUCGCGGCGGAUCGCGCGGCUGCGUACCGGCUGUUGGACAACCCGGCGAUGCGGCGUAAUGCCAUGCCGGCGCUUUCGAUGCUGAGACAGAGGCUGGUGUGCUCCGGGCGCGAGGCUGAAUUGGCACGCAGCUAUUUGCGUGAUCUUGGCGCCGAGUACUUGUAUGGGCGGAUAAUUGAUUUGCAAUGAUUUGUUUUAUUGGUUACAGCGUUAAACAAAACAAAAAGAGAAAAAAAGGCGUGGCAAUCGCCAGAAAUGACGAGUCCAAUAAAUCUUUAUUAAAACA